GUUGUUCAACUAUUGUUGCUCUGCUUGAAGAAGAAGAAAAUGGACCAAUCGGUACUUACUAAUUUUGAUGCGGGAAGUUUUGUUUUUUUGCGUGGAAACCGAAAACUGGGUGUCAGUGUGUUUUGAACCUCAAUAAAUUAAGGCAGAUAAUUGAAGCAGAUAUAUGCGUAACAGACAGAGGUCCUCAUAACAGGACCUUUAAGUCGGCAAGCUUUCUGUUUGAGAAGGUUAAAAGGUCGUUUUCAUGCUACUAACGCUGCCAAGGUAACGUAAGCUUGCGAGUAGUUAACUACCACGUAUGGAAAUGACAGCCGUAAGGUUAAUGGUUAUGUAUGAAAGCGAGUCGGUGGAUGUGCAAUUUACGAAUGGGUCCCGUUUGUAUGUAUCCCCUUGUGGUUCCGAAUUUUUAUUAGAGAAAGCUCUGCCCCCAUGCGCACACCCUUUACAGGCUGGCGAAAGAGUGCGACAGAGAACUCGAUUCGCUAUCAGUGAAUACAAGGCUUUAUUGGUGGAUGCAUUGAAGUUCAGGAACAAGUAUGGCACGCAUCCGUAUUUACCAGAGGAACUCGUUCCCAGUGUCCAGCGGAAGUGGUUCCUUGCAAAUCUCGGUAUUGACUGGCCAGCAGAACGCUCUCCUGAAAUUACAACCGGACCAGGUGGGGAAACCAUCCUGAGUUCAUCUGACGGCAAUGUGAGGCUGAUUCUCUCUUCAUCUGGGGAAGAGUUUUUUGUGGAAUUCUGCUGCAGGGUCAGCCAGAGAGAGACUCUGAAGCAUCUGACCCACCUAAUAGAAGAGCCUGCCAUUACUCCGAGCAAAACUCAUCCUGUCUUCAGUGGGGAAUCGUCUAUACACCAAUCCACAUCAGAAACGACCAAAGCAGUGAAAGACUGUGAACGUUGUGAAUCUAGUCAACAGAAGGCAUCAGUUAAACCAAGCGCUGGGGAUGGUCAUCUUUUCACAACUGUUGUUCAACACUAUUCUUGUGCCAGUUAUCCACCAAACUGGCAUCAUCCUCUGUCUUUAGCAAUCAGUCACUGGGAAAUACAGAGGGGGAAAUCCAGUGAAAAUGAAGGCAUAAAGACACAAGAGGCAUCCAAAAGCAAGACUAGCCAGUCCCAAAAGACUGAUAGUACUCUUCGGGUGAAGUCUGUCCUUCCUGAGUCUCUGCCUCUUAGAUGCCCCUCUCCUCACAUGCACAGAUGGAACACUGGAACCUCAAUGUUCAAUGAAGAGUCACAUGAAGCCAUGACAACAGAACUUGUGAAAGUCCUGUGGUGUCAAGGGGUUACUUAUCGAAUUAUUGGCGGCACAGUUCCCAUCAUAGAGAUUUCUCCAGGAGACGGGUCAGUCAUAAGAUCCAAUGGGGCGUUGGCGAAUUACUUCACCCAUCACAAAGCAGGAUGUGGACCUGGUGAUAAAAUGGAGAGCACCUACUAUUUGAGUAACCUUCCACCAGACAUCCCAGGCCAGAAAUACUCUGUACCUUCAGUGGUGACCCGUGCUAGCAGGGUUUUGGAUUGUUACAACCAAGCCAAGGACUCUCUGGAACUUGCCUGUAUGAACUGCUGUUGGAGGAAGGAAGUAAGCAUGUCAGAACCCCUGAAGCUUGUCCAGGAAGCACACAUGCCAGACUGGGGUCAUUUUCUGGCAUUUUCUGAUGGGAGCGCUGAAAUAAUUUUUCUGGAUGGAGUCAAAGUGUACACAAUGUGGAACACUGGCAAUAACACACCAGCACAGAAACUUGGUUUGGCUCACCAGAUGUACCCCGAAGUACAGCAGCCUUGUAGCUGGUGUCAGCUGACUUUGCUAAAUGGGCAACAACUCUUGUUACAAGCAGAGACCCCAGGGCUGUAUCACAAAUAUUUGUCAGUUUCAGCUGAAUGGUGUUGUUGGGUUCAACAGACAUGUCCCAGCUUGGGUCAGGCUUGUUCCCCAGAAUCUGUCCAGGUGCAGAGUAACAAAACAACACAAAGCAGAUCCGUGGUAGCAGAACUGGAAAAAAUCAAAAGAUUAAACUUUCUGCUGGAGAACAGCCACCUCAUCAGAACUCACAGAAGCUCUCCAGUGCCCUGUGAGGAUUCCACGACCGCUAGUGGCACCACUUACACUGUCAGCGAGACCAGCAUCUCAGAGGCCCUACAGAAAACCUCCAAAGCCAUAAAGGACAUUGAGACUCUACUUUCGCGCAAAGAGUAUGCCAGCAGUAGUCCAGCGUGAACAAGGGGUAUUUCAUAAUUGCAAGAUCUAUUGUGUGAAGAAGAGAUGAACGUGGCUGUAGUGUUUACUGGGCUGUACUGUCCUUGGACACCACGUGUCUUAGCGCUGAAGACACGAGUGAAGGAUGAAGAAUGUCAGUUGUUUGUCAUUUGUAAUUAGACUGUGGUCCUGGGAUAGAACAGAAUGGAUUAUCUUACCAAUUUUUCAUUUUUCGCGGUUCAUGGUCACUUUCUUUCGUUUGUAACACAACCUUCCCCCCCAGAGGAAGAUGAAAAGAGGAAGAGAGUGGCUAAACCACUUACGCUGGCUAUUUUCAAACUUAUCCUGCGUUCAAAUUCUUGUUGACUACAUCAUGGUGAGUGCACUUAGUUAAAGUUUCUUAAAUAGAGCGCCUAAUAAGAUUGUUGGAUAUGUGAAAGGUUACUGCUGGUGUUACAUUAAGCAUGGUUUAGCGCAGUUAUAUGGAUUAGGAUGGUGUUAGUUAUUAGGAUUGUUAUGAGUAAAGAAACACUCUUCCAUCACAUACAACAUUGAACAUAUACGUUUGCUGUGUUUUAAAAAAAAAAAUUCUAUAUUAAAACAAUUAAAGACUAAACCAGGUAAAACCAGCACAGUGCAGUGCAUUUGUACGUUGCAUUAGGAUGAAUGUUCUGUUAUUCCUGUGUCAUUGCAAUUCUACUUUUCUUAUUCCAUUGCAAUUCCUCUUUAUAACAACUUAGAUCAUAUUUUGUGACCGUAUAUAUAUAUAUAUAUAUAUAAGGUGCCUAUGGUUUGAUGAAUAAAAAGCGAAAGUUUAGGAAUUCAAAAUAAAUUUGGUUUGUAGAAUGAGCAUCAUUUAUGUAAUGACCUGUCCUGCCUGUAGAGGUGCCAUUGUGUAGAAUGAAAUACAUGUCGGUACACUUUUUUGUGUACUUAUGUAUUCAUUUUGUAACUUAUAGAUUUCACCAUAUUUACAGUUAUUUGCACAUGAGAUAAUAAAACAGAUGUUUACAGUGUG